AUGAAUCGCACUCUCCAGGUAUCGACUCUACUAUCCCGACGAGGUCUCAGGGUCGGACCAUCUUCGCCUACAGCAAGCUGGGCGCGCCGAUCGUACGCCUUCCAAGCUGCCGCGCCGCCCAUCCACCAGGUCUUCAACCGGCGCACAAAAUGGCUGCAGAAGGAGCGAGCCGCCGCCAGUAUCGAGGAGAGCCGAGUGGCUGACUAUCUGAAAGAUGAGGUUGCCAUACGUCUCUGCGACAGGUUGUUGGAUAUCAAACGACACUUCCCCCAGGUUCUCGACCUAGGAGCGAACUCCUGCAACAUUGCCCGCGCCCUAGUCCGUGAGAAUCCAGACACCGACCCGUCGACACCGGUGACAGAGCCCAUUGCGACGAGAAUCGGUCACCUGCUGGCGGUGGAUUCAUCCGAGAGCAUGCUCUAUCGAGAUACGGAGAUGGACUUCAACCAGCAGCUUGACAUAACGAGAAGCGUCCUGACGGAUGAGGAGACCUUGCCGUUCGAGGCGAAUACUUUCGACCUGGUCCUGAGCUCCUUGAGCAUGCACUGGACUAACGAUCUGCCCGGUGUGCUGGCCCAGAUCAACAACAUCCUCAAGCCGGACUGUGCGUUCAUCGGGGCCAUGUUUGGGGGAGAUACGUUAUUCGAGCUCCGGACCUCGUUGCAACUUGCCGAACAAGAGAGGCGAGGCGGUAUCUCCCCUCACGUCUCGCCACUAGCUGAUGUGCGGGACGUUGGAGGCCUACUGCAGAAAGCAGGGUUCAAGAUGCUGACUGUGGAUGUGGACGACAUCAUCGUCGAUUAUCCUGACAGUUUUGCCCUGAUGCAAGAUAUUCAAGCCAUGGGGGAGAGCAAUGCAGUUCUGGGCAGGGAAAUGGGGGCCAUCCAACGGGAUGUGUUACUGGCCAACGAUGCCAUCUACCGACAGCUUCAUGGCAAUGAGGAUGGCACGAUACCAGCAACUUUCCGUAUGAUCUACAUGAUCGGGUGGAAGGAGUCGAAGGACCAGGCUCAGCCUCUACCUCGCGGCAGCGGGGAAAUCAACCUGAAAGAUAUCCUAGAGAAGUAA